GUGGGUAUAUAAAGAGUGAGAGAAAAGAGAAGAGGAAGUAGAAUUGUGAAUAUGGAGGAAGCAAAGGGAGUAGUGAAACACAUAGUGCUCGCAAAGUUCAAGGACGAUGUCACUCCAGAGAAGAUUGAAGAACUCAUCAAGGGUUAUGCCAACCUGGUCAAUCUUGUCCCACCCAUGAAAUCCUUCCAUUGGGGAAAAGAUGUGAGUGCUGAAAACCUGCAUCAAGGCUUCACUCAUGUGUUUGAAUCAACCUUUGAGAGUACAGAAGCCAUUGCAGAGUAUGUAGCUCAUCCUGCUCAUGUUGAGUUUGGAAAUUUGUUACUUUCCAAUCUGGAGAAAAUAAUUGUGAUUGACUAUAAGCCUACCAGUUAACCUUUCAUUGGGAAAGUAAUAAUAAUGUCUCAAUUUCACUGUUAAUAACUGAUAAAAAUAAGUUUGGUGGUUUCCUCUCAAUUAUUGUAAUCUCUACAAUGUUUUCCUAUUUGCACACAUAUUUCAAUCUGGUUUGUAUCUGAAUUUGAUAUUUCAAUUUAAGUUACAAUUAUGUAUUUGUAUGUAAUAUUUAUGGAAUUUUUAGUAUACUUGGAAACGAAA